ACACAAACACUCAAGUGCAACAGAGGUUUAUUGUCAAUUAUGUUCUAAGGACAUCAACAAGCUUUAUGCUAUCGUAAUAUGAAUAUCAAAUUUCACUGCAAUAAAGUGCAAGUCCUUUGACUGUACAUUUGUUUUAUUUACUAGUGUAUUGUGCCUGUAAGAGAAUCGAAAGCCCUUGAGUUCAAACCGCACAAAAGUAUCUGAAGCUGAACUUAAACUACACAGAGCUGAAGAUUCCAUCAUCAUCAUCAUCAUCAUCACAAACUCAGACUUCAAGCAGAGCUGGUAAUGUGGCCGCUGGUUUAAACCGCGAAACGCCAGCACGUGCGGUGCGAUAACAAUUGGGAGGUUGGUUUGGGUUCAAAGAUUAAACAUUCAACAGAGACGCGUUUCCUCGAGCAGGCCGUUCCUCCAUCGGAUCAGGAGACAGAGAGGAAAAGAUGACCAAAAACAGGCAGUCGCAUGAACACGUGGCACAAUCCAGUAACACAGAACAGUCCCAUAUUACAGCCUGUGCAUAGGAAGAAUAAAAGCACUUAUGGUAUCGGCAAACAUCAAGCACGUCGUAACGCUCGCAAGGGCUGGGAAAAUAAACCCAUGCAUCGCGAAUCGAGAAAUGAUUCCGCAUCGAUUCUGAGAUUUUCCGAAUGCGUCGCAAUUCUUUCUCCAGUCGAUUCUGAGCUUAGUUUUGAACACAGCAUGCUUCAGAAUCAGCCGAACUCUGCUCGUCUCCAAAUCCUUACACAUACUCGAACCUAAAAUAAUCAUUCAUAAGAUUCGAAAAAGUUGACGCAAAUUACAAGGGUGUUCACAAUGGGCUGUGUUUACAUUAAUCUGGCGUAGGGUUGCAAAAAGCAUUGUGAGCCGAGGUGAAGUUACAGACUCAGCCGAACGCACAAGCGCUCUUCUUCAUGAGCAUUUGAGUGAGCAGAUAAAAACUAGAGUAGAGCGCCAUCUGCUGUUAAAAUAUAAGCUCAGAAUCCAUUCCAGAGAGAAUCGUGAUGCAUUCAGAAGAUCUCAGAAUCCAUAUGGAUUUAUCGCCCUAAUGCUGGCUCACGCUGGCAGAACCGAACCCACCGCUCCGACCGUCUCUGCAUAGAGAAAGCAAAGGCGAUGAAGAAACGCAGCAGGGCUCCGAGCGAAGCACUAUCUGUGCAGCAGCACGAAGGCCUCCAGCCGCUCGGGGAUGUUCCCGCGGUACGCCAGGCCGUGUUUGAUGAUGGCGCGCGCCGCCAGACACUGCAGCGUGGUGUGGUUGAUGGGCUGGAUCAGGUUCUUGGCCAGCUCCUUCUGGUCCAGCAGGUCGCAGGCCGUCUGCUUGAGGGAGUUGGUGCUGUCGAAGUGCGUGCCGCAGGAGAUCAGCAGGUUCAUGAUGUCGGGGUGGUUGUUGGACGCAGCCACAUGCAGAGGGCUGUUGUCGUCCUCGUCGCGGCAGUUCACGUCUGCGCCGCACUACAGCAGGAUAGAAGCCACCUGGAAGGAGGGGAACUUGCAGACGGGGUAGCGGCCCACGCAGGUGGUGUUCCUGUCCACCGCCAGGUGCAGCGGACUGAAGCCGUUCUUCCCGCAGGCCUGCAGCUUCAGGAACUUGUAGAUGGUCUCUUUCUUGAAGUGGUCCUGCUCCACGGUGCACGGCACUUUCUCCAGCAGACAGAUGAGGUGCAGGAUGAUGGACAGCACCUGCGAAUCAUAACGGUUUGGAACAGUGUGAGUCGAGUGCUUUUUACAAUGCAGAUAGUGUCAGAGCAGCUUUACGGUAUUAAAUGGGGAAAUAGUGUGUUGGAAUAGUGUGACGUUUAGGACUGGACAAUAUGGGCUUAAAAAUAUAUCAUGAUAACUUCUGGAAUUUAUUGCGAUAAUGAUAUCAAUUACGAUAAUUCAGGGAAUCCUGUUUCUUUAGAGAAAAGUAUUCU